AUGAACACAAAAUUGGGAUUUAUUGGCUUGAGUGCAGGCUACAGCUGGGCAGGUAAAGCUCACUUGCCUGGGCUUCGUCUCAUUAAAGAUAGUCCGUACAAGAUUACAGGCAUUGUCAAUUCAACAUUGGAAGCAGCCGAGGCCAGCAAAGAGAAAAACGAGCUGCACGAUGCUCAGACGUUUGGAUCUAUUCAAGACUUGUUAUCUCAAGGGGAUGUGGACACCGUUGUCGUGUCUGUCAAGGUCCCGCACCAUUACGAGUAUGUUCGUGCUGCAUUGGAAGCUGGAAAGGACGUUGUUUGUGAGUGGCCCUUGGGAAAUGGCUUGCAAGAAGCAGAGAAGCUAAGCAAUCUCUCCAAGUCUAAAAACGUCAAGGCUGGUGUUGUAUUGCAAGCACGCAAAGCACCUUCUAUCAUUAAGGCGAAGGAGCUAGUUGAAUCAGGUGCCAUUGGUAAGGUUGUAUCCACCAACUUUGUGGGAUAUACAGACAAAUGGUCUCAAUACACAGAUGAAUACUUUCCGGAGUACCUGAAUCAGAGAAAAAACGGCGCCAAUCUGCUUGCUAUACCAGUGGGCCAUGAUUUGGAUGCAAUGGCUUUUGUCUUGGGUGAAUUCGAAUUUCUGAAUGGCAUUGUCAAGACUCAUUUUAAAGAAACCCUGGUAACUCAUACUGAUGAACAUGGCAAGAAGUCGCUGACGGGAGAGACAGUUCUCAAGGAUACACCAGAUCAAGUUCUCGUUCAAGGCCUUUUGCAAUCUGGGGCAACCGCUUCAGUUCAUAUUCAAGGUCUGCAGUCCUCUGAAUUAACCAAAGAAAAGGGAUUCAGUUGGGAAAUUCGUGGAUCUAAAGGCGAUAUAGUACUCUCCUCAAAAUCGCUUUACAGUGAGCUGGAAGAAGUAGCUAUCCAAAUAUCCAGACUAGACGGCAAUGGAAAUGCUCUACCUGUGGAGGACCUCGCUGUUGAGUACGAUCCUGUAGCUGGAAAUAUGAAAACCUAUUACCAAGAUUAUGCUGAGACCAAGAACUCUCAAUAUGCUCAACCACAGCUGAACAAGGUUACCGGCUUUACUACGUUUGAUGAUGCUGUUAUCCGCCAUCGACAGAUUGAGGCUAUUCUUAGAUCAUCAAAAUCAGGCAAACGGGAGACUUAUAUUUGA